CAGACCUGGGAUGAUUCAGCAGCUGUUAUAUCCUUAACAAUGUACUAGUUUUGUUAGAGUCUGUCUUCAGAUAAUACUUUUUGUUCAGAUUGAUAUCGGCUUCCUUCAAUUCUCUAAAUACCCCAAUAUUUACAAUAUCAGAAUUUCCAAAUAACUUGGGGAAAAGAAACGGAGCUUGUGAAAUUUCAAGGACUCUUGGCAUGAGCUACUAAGCUGACAAGGAUACGAGAGGACAAAAUGAUAUGCAGUAAAUGGACCGAAUUUCCUUUAAGAUCAAGAAUAUUUUUUCGAAGUUUGCUGAUUUUUCUUCUUAUGUUUCAGGAGUGGUCUACCUGUUAUGAUGAAGAGUUUUGUAAAGAAUCUCAAAAUACGGAGACAUCAGUGUUUUCAUGUCCAACAACUGAAUUUCUCUGGGAAAAACGGGCGCUAAAGAAAAACUGUUCUUCUUUGUCACACAGCUGUCAUAAUGAACUUUUAUAUCAUUGUUUGAUAAACCCUUGGCAGAACAGUACCGUUGAAGUCUGUGCACCAAAAACAGAAAUUGCAGCAGGUUUCUGUGCCGAAUACAACGCUAAAGGAGGGAGGAUACAGGAGUUCUACAGACGGACAUGUUUAUCCUGUAACAAAACUUACUGGUCUACAGAGGCAUACAACUAUGCCGAAUGCUACACGACAGUAACAAAAUACAGUAACAAAAGUGUCGUAAACCGAAUUUCAGGAUCUGAAGUUGCUAGCAGCAGUGGAACAAUUGUACAUCAAAACUCCAAACUCUGGCUAUAUUUUGGUAUAUAUUUGAUAAUCCAAACAUGAAACUACUAAUAACUUUAUACAUGAAAAUAAUGCAAUUUUUUCAUGGGCUUUC